AUGGCACCGUCCGAGUUGCACAAACUAAGCUACUGGGAGGAAGUGUAUCAAGGCGAGAAGGAAAAUUACGAAGAGGCGAACAUCCAACCAGAGGAAUGGUUCGAAGAAAACUGUGACAAAAUUAUAAACUGGGUGAGCAAACACUUUAGUGAAGAAGAGAAAAAAGAGCAAGUGGCUAUUCUUGACAUCGGGUGUGGAAAUGGGCUCUUCCUGUACAAACUGCGCGAAAGAGGCUUCCCCAAUUUAUGCGGCUUUGAUUUUUCCGCGAGCGCCAUUGAGUUGGCUAAGAAGCUCUUCGGGGGACGCGGCGCGGAUGGAGAUGAGAUAGGAGACGAGAAAAGCGCUGCGGAUAGCUGUAUGAACCGUGCAGAAAAUCCCACAGACGUCUACGUGCAAGUGCUAGACAUUUACAAUAUCGCACAAGAAGUGGGACCUGAUUCAAAACUGAAGAAAAAAUACAAAUUGAUAAACGACAAAGGAACAUUCGAUAUAUUUUUUAUGAAUGAUAAGGGGCAAGAAUAUUUCACACAUGUAUCUUUUUUUUUUCAAGUGGAAACCCUCUUUUGCCUCACGUCGUGUAAUGCUUGCAAGGAGGAGUUACUCUCUAUCGUGAACCAUUUUAAUCAGACCAAUGGAAAAUUUCAGUUGACCCUGUUUGAUGAAAUAUUUUACGAAACAAUAACUUUUGGGGGCGUCAAGGGACAGAUAAUCACAACUUUAAUUUUUACAUGUUCCUAA